UUGCACCUUUACCGUCAAUUAGCAGUCGGCUAAAGAAGCUAAUGAUGAAGCGGAGCAUGUUCCCUGCAGCCUCGCCUGCAGCCUCGCCUGGAGCAGGUCAUUGUGUGGUAUGAAAACUCCGUAUAACGUGGGCUGCUGGUGUUGCCUCAGAUUCUUUGAUGAGCUGACAGGUGACAUAAUCCACAAGAGAUAACAGAAACCAGAAGAAGCUGUUUCCCCACCAUGUCGGCAGACACGGACCCUCCACAACUUGUGAACCCUCCACAGCUCAUGAACCCUCCACCUCCUGAGGUGACCAAUCCGAGCAAGCCAGGCCGGAGAACCAACCAGUUGAAAUACAUACAGAAUGUAGUGAUCAAAUCAAUGUGGAAGCAUCACUACGCCUGGCCUUUUUACCAGCCUGUCGAUGCAGUCUCUCUCGGACUACCGGAUUAUCAUAAGAUAAUAACCUGUCCUAUGGAUAUGGGAACCAUCAAGAAGCGACUGGAGAACAACUACUACUGGAGUGCGAGUGAAUGCAUGCAAGACUUCAACACCAUGUUCACCAACUGCUACAUAUAUAACAAGCCUACAGACGACAUAGUGCUGAUGGCCCUCGCCUUGGAAAAGAUUUUCUUGCAAAAAGUUGCCAGCAUGCCUCCGAGAGAAGUGGAGAUUUUACCGCACGUAGCCAAAGGCAAGACCAAAAAAAGCUGCAAUCCAGAAAGCAAGAGGAGACGUGAAAGUGCAGGCACAUCCGUCACUCCUUCUAAAAGCGACUUGGAGGAGGAGUCGCCACAACAGGGAACUGCACAGGGCGGCCCCAGCGAACAGCUCAAGUACUGCAAUGACGUCCUGAAGGAAAUGCUGUCCAAGAAACAUACGGCCUACGCCUGGCCUUUCUACAAGCCCGUAGAUGUCAGAGCGCUGGAGUUGCACGAUUACCACGACAUCAUAAAGUACCCCAUGGAUCUCAGCACCGUUAAAAAAAAGUUAAAUGGAGGAGAAUACCAGGACGCACAAGCAUUUGCUGCAGAUGUGCGGUUAAUUUUCUCCAACUGCUACAAAUACAACCCUUCAGAUCACUGCAUUGUCAGCAUGGCCAGAAAACUGCAGGGAGUGUUCGAGCAAAGUUUUGCAAAAAUGCCAGACGAGAGCGUGGAGUCGAUGUCGGCUAAGAGCUCGGGUCUAAGUGGCAGCGAUUCCUCCAGUUUGGAGAAAUCACAGCUUGCAGAAGAGCCUGCCACUCAACAUUAUAUACUGGAACAACAGCUUAAAACUGUUCCCCAACAGCUUGAAGCUCCCGUGAGAAAACCAAAGAAGAAAAAAGACAAGUAUGAGAAAGUGAACAGCAUGAAAAAUUCCAGCUCCAGGCGGUCGUUGGAGGGAAGCCACACCUGGGAUUCGGGCGUUGAAUGUUUACCGAUGACUUACGACGAAAAGCACCAGCUGAGCCUCGACAUUAACCGGCUGCCUGGCAUGAAGCUGGCCCGCGUGGUGCACAUCAUUCAGACACGAGAGCCCUCGAUGGGUAAUGCCAGCCCGGAUGAGAUUGAGAUUGACUUUGAGAUACUGAAGCCGUCCACGCUGCGAGAGCUGGAGCAAUAUGUCAAGUCUUGUCUGUAUAAGAGGUUCAAGAAAUUUCAAAAGAAAAGCAGACAAACUGCAUCUCAUCACACUGACAGCAGCAGUUCUUCAGACUCUGCCACCAGCAGCUCCACUGACUCCAGCUCCGAAGAGUGACUCGUAAUCACUGCGUUGCUUUUAUUUAUUCCUUUUAUUGUGACCAAACUACUUUUUUUUUCAAAGAAUGUUGAACAUGCUUAUUUUUCUACUUGUUCUGUGUUUAAUAUGUGGAAAAUUAAACUCACCUCCUAUCGUUUUUGUAUUCA